CUUUCUGUUUUGCCCUACAGUUCGCUAGCCAGCUCCCCAUUUCGUCCAUUCAUUCUUCCAGAAAAAUGCCGACGUUCUCGCCGGAACUAAUCUACGCCGUUCUACUCCGCCUGCCGGUGAAAUCUCUCUUACGAUUCAGAUGCCUUUCCACCUCAUUCUGCGCCGAAAUCGACAGUACAGAUUUCGUCAAGAAUCAUCUCAACAGAUCAAUUCAAGGCAAAACCAGACUCAAGUUAAUCAUCACCGAUGAAGAUAUAGAGUCUGGUUCCACUUUCUACGCUGCAGAUUUUGACGAUUGCCUCAAAGAAGUCAUCUUACUCAACAAGCCAUCAAAAUCUACACAGCUUGAUGAUACCCUGGUAUGUAAUAAUUCCUGCAAUGGUUUGAUUCUCUUGGUUAUAUUUUUCAAUGAUUUGGGUUCGGAAUCCAUCAAACUUGCCUUAUGGAACCCAUUCACUAGGCGGUGUAAGAGUAUACCGCCGAGUCCUGUCAAAAUUGGUUCCAAGAAAUCACUUGCGUUCGGUCUAGGUCAUGAUUCUGCGUUGGAUGACUAUAAGAUUGUGAUGAUUAUAGAGGGUGAAUAUUAUCUGAAAUUUCAAGUCUGGAUUUUCAGUCUGAAAUCAAAUUCCUGGAGAAGGAUUAAAGACCUUCAUCUGGGGGAGGAUGAUUUUAGGUCUUGUGUGUGUGGAUUUGCAAAUGGUGUUCUGUAUUGGGAAUGUAAAGGUAAGACACUCGGGUUUGACGUUGCGAAUGAGUUGUUCUUUAACCUACCACUGUUGCCUAAUGGUGGUGGGACGAUGACAAGCUUAGGACCCUACAAUGACUCCAUUGCCGUCUUGGAGGAUAACCUCUACAUUUCCAAAAUAGCUCCUACAUAUAAAACUGUUGAUUUUUACUUGCGUGUGAAUGGUAAAGGUGGAGUAAAAGCAGAAGCUGUAGCAGAAGGCGGUUGGAUGAAAGCAUUUACAAUUGAGGAAGAGGGGCUUAGUAUUAAAUUUCAGGAUGUUGAUUUCAUGCCUUGGCCUUCUGCAUAUUCAAAGGAUGGGGAUAGCAUUCUACUUUAUACAAGAAAUGAGAUGUUUUGGUAUAACCUUGGUCAGAAAACAGCACUAAAGGUGGAGAUCGCUGGGAUGCCUCAGGCUGAGAGUUUUGGAUUCGAUAUUUGUUGGGAAAGUCUUGUUUCUCUUGAUGAUGACAAUGCAUUUGAUGGAUCAGCUUAGAAAAUUGAUCUAGUGGCACAAUUAGUUGAAUGAUAUUGGUCUUGUUUUGCCCUUGUCCUUGUAAAUCUAGUUACUUUUUGAGUGGGAUUUUGUAUGGUUUGAAACUCGGCUUAGGUUUUCAAUAAUUUGCCUUCAUAAUU